GUCAUAAAAAAACACAAGAAAAUUCCGUCGUGUUCCCUGUUUACGGCAGGUUGAAAUUCCUUUAAUUAAGUUCUGAUUCAGUGAUUUUAUACUUGUUCUCUUUUCACCUAACGUCUCUAAUUAUCUGUCAGUAUGUUGUGAUUAACUACAUUUCGUUCUGUAAUUAAGGAAUUGAAGUGUAGUGCUGAAACCAUGCAGUGCAAGCCCUGUGUCUGACUGACCAUAAUUUUCUGGUGAUAAGGAAGUUGUUUUUACAGAUCAAACACUAUUGUUGAAAUUCAUCCUCACCAUGAGCAAUCCAGAACCAACAUCAAUUUUCUCAGAUAACUCUUUCGUCGUGCUGGAACGAAUAACAGCAGACAAACCCAAUGCCGAAACGCCUGAGACAGAUCCAAGCCUGCUGAUGGAGUCAACUUUACCGGAGUUUCCUGACCCAUCUAAAUUUGUCGCUAAGUUGACCAACUUCGAAUCACGGAUAAAUAAUUUGUUGCACAAACCGAUCAAUACUCUGAACAACACCAAUCCAGAAGAAAUCGAGAAAAGGCUUAAUGAGCUGCUGAAAGAAAACUUGGAGCUAAAAGAAAAAUUAAAUCAGAAUAAUGUAGAAAUGAAGCACCAGUUUAACACCCUUAUAAUGUGGCGAGAUGAAGUCCUGACAGUGCACAACAACCACAAAAAGAAAUUUGAAGAGACCAAGGAUCUUAUUUUUAAGCUUACUUCAGAGAACAAAGAGCUGAAAGAAAAUCUGGAAAGACUGAAGACAGAAAUAGAAAACACGAAAGUUGAUAAUUUAAGAAACUCAAAAAUGAACGAGUUAAUAGCUGAGAAAGCGAUCAUGGAAAUAGAACUCAAUGAAAAAUUGGUGCAGAUGUCCGUGCGUGAAAAAAAACGAGCUCAGCAGCAAAUGGAGAAAGAAAAAGAACUUGGAAGCGUAGUGACUCAGCUGACUAGAAACCUAGAGACAGCCGAGAGAGCAAGGAGGCAGCUAAGUAUCGAUGUUGAAAAGCUGACAGCACAAAAUUCAAGGCUCCAGAUUGAAUUGAACAAGACACAAGCGCAGUUAAAAGCUAUAAAAUCGUCUAACAGUGAAGAUGAACCAAGUUCACUAGAAAAAAGUCAGCUGUAUCACAAUCUAUACUUGAAUUUUACUCGGCAUAAAGAAGACUUUAAACAAUUGGGUCAAAUUUUAAAAAAUGAACCUGAGAACACGAAUCUCGAUAGUUGGGUGCUACCUGAUGAAACAGACAGUGUGCCUUAUAAUAAAACUGAAAAUGAAGCUUCCCUUGAAAUAGUUGAAUUACGGAAACUUCUGACACAGGAACAAAAAGAAUCCAUCAAAAGGAAGAAAAUGCUUGACAAGCUGAACAAGAACUACGCUGAUUUGCUUCAAGACUAUCAGAAAUUGUUAGACUUGUUUGAAAGCUAUAGGAAAGAAGCAGCAGAAAAAGAGCUGGACAGCAAAUGUUUAAUCGAAAGUUUGCGAAAAACUUACGACUCCAAAGUUACCGAUUUGAGCAAUCAGCUUGUCCUGCGAGAUGAGGUCGUCGCGAGCAAAGUGCGAGAAAUCAAUAUGUUAUCCGAACAGCUGGGUAACAUUCAGUGUGACUCAGAGAAAGUGAGCGUGCUACAAGAGCAAGCAGAUAUUUUCAGAGCAGACUUCCUUGCUGAGAAGAAAAACAAGGAGAACUUAGCAUCAGAAUUGAGCGAACUGAAGCUUAAAAAUGAAACAUUGCAGUCCAUGGUUCAAACACUGCAGAAGCAAGUCACUUUAGGUCAAGAAAUGUCCCAAAGUGAAGAAAGUCAAAGGUAUGAGAAUCCAAGAGAGUUCCGAAGGGAGGAAGAGAUGAUGCGUCAAAUGAUGCGUAGAGAAGAAACGCAGCCACGCAAGACGGUACGUCUGGUGCCCAGCGAUACACAGCUUCCUCAAAAAACUGCAUGGAGUCAACCGCAAUGGAACGAUUCUGAAUUCGGCCAGUAUGGUCCUGUAGAUCUGGAAUCCGAUUUGACUGAUGGUGAGCCCCAGCAUUUUAGCUGUAUUAAACCGGGGUGCGAUAAGACUUUUGAUACCAUUGAUAUGUGUAAUCGACACAUCUGCCAGUGUUUAGAAUUGCCGGAAUGAAUUGUUUUUGGAACAUUUGGCUGUUUCUUCAUUUGUCUAUGUAUUUUUUAUUUCAUUUGAUUAUUAUCUUACUAUAUUUCCCUCUUCUUUCUGUAAGUAUGUAAUAAGAUGUCAAACGUCCAGCUAACCUCUUUGCGCAAUUUUAGUGAUCGAACUGUUUUCAUGUACAAAAUUUUUAUAGUUAAUGGCUUUUAGUCCUGUCCCAUAGAUUACUUUGAAGUAACUGUACAGAUUUAUAUUAAUCUACGGCUAAACUACACAACCACACACCUGUAAUGCUGUGCUUAAGAACAACGCCGCACAAGCUUUCAGAUGUUGCCAAGUUUUCCUUGAAAAAAUAUGAAUUUUCAGGGGAAUUUUAGAAUAUGCUCUUCUUAUUUCACAGAGAAUUCCACACACGUCCAGAUCUUAAUUAUUUUAAAAUUUCAAUUGGGCAACUCACCUCAAAAAGAAACAUUCUGUUCGAGGAAAUUUUGGAACUCUUAAACAUUCUUAAGGCGUUUUUUCCGAGCACCGCAGUAUAACAGUGCAGAUUCUCUGCCUAAUUUUACUUGUUAAAAGAAUGACUAAUCAUCGUUUUUAUGUAAAAUUUGGUGUGCUUUUUCUUUGCUUUUUUGUUAGUAUUCUAGAAAAACUCCGUACAAAAAUGCCUAGUUAUGCUCUCUUCAAAGAAUCAGAUAGAAGCACAGAUUUUGAAACAUUGCAAUGGAGAAAUUUGUUUUCAUAGCUUCUUGUUCACAUUAUUUUCAAUCAACUUGAUCCAGAGGUGAAGAAUGUUAUGGACUAUUUGGGAUCAUAUUAACAGCUUCGAGCUCUUAGAAUAUGUGACCAGCUCUGUAAAAAGGGACUGUAUCUUCUGGGAAGAAAUUUUCCUCACUUUUUACCAACACCUAAGCUUCGUUUCUCUUCAACACGAGAAUUUUUGUUAUGGCACUUCAGGACUAAUCCUUCAAUUUUUAAGGUUUUAGAGUCAUAGUUGCGCGAAAAUGUCCAGAUUUUCUCCCUCUGUGCAUUUGCAGAGAGAUAAGGAAAUUUUUACCCCAGAAGAUGCGGUUGCAUUUCUCAGAUCAGGUCCGAUUGAUGGCCAAAGUACGAACCCACAUAUCUCCAUUUGCAACGUUGCAGACUUCCUGUCUUACUCCGUUUUUUUUUUAAAAAAAAACCAGUCAAAAUGCUUCCAAGAAAAUUGCCGUGAUAUUUUUUGUCAGUAGAAUAUUCUGUAAAUAUUUCAAGCUAUAAAGUUGGAUCGUUUCUCUUUGAGAAAAUGAAAUAUGAGCGGAAAUGUUGAAAUAAACGCAAUAGCGAUAUGUGGUUUCGCACUUUGGCCAUCGAUUUGUCUUUAUACUUAUCUAACACUUUUUAAAUAAACUAUUUCAGAAGAGAGUCAAUCAGCUCAAAGCUCAAAUCACCUGGCUGUGGAGAAAUAUUUUUUUAUGUAUUACAUAUUGCAUGAGUCAUUUUUUUUAAGAAUUAAUCGGUGGAAAGUGAUUCCUCUCAAACUUUUUGUUCCAACCUCAGAGAUGAAUGUAUUACUCAGUAGGAUAACCACCCCUCUCACUUUGGGCCAGCCUUAACAUUUUAAAGAUCUACUCCUGUCCAUCAUCGAUCCUCCUCACAUAAAAGGGGGAAGAUGACUCGCUACCUCUCUCAUUAUUUUGGUAUUAGCCUAUAUAAGUCGCGAUUCUUGAAAUUUGGCAGCACUGUUAUUCCUCCAUUUAAAUCCAUUGAAAAUAUUCUUUUCAUUGAUUUUAGAAUCAAUUGUUUUUAAUACUUUUAAAUGGAGAUAAAACAGUGUUGCCAACUUGCAAGAAUCGCUUUGGUCCAAAAAUCAAUCAUCAACUUGAGGAGUGUUUAAGACUAAUUUCAAAAUCACCUGUUGCAAAAUCUGGGCUCAUCGUUUUGGAGAAGGAUAUUGUGAGCACCUCAUGGUGCUCCUAGGUCGAAAAAAACGGCUUUUGAGACUCCCCAAAAUUUUCGAGAGACUGUCACAUUUUAAUGAAAAACCACACUGUGAGGUAUCCGAUUGGUUCUUCACUAUUUGCGCAUUAAGUGAUGAGCAUUUGAAAUAGUAGAUAGUUAAUUGAGUUCUUGAAGAGAGAAAGUUAAUAUUAGUUUUAGGGAGAGCAGAUGUACAAGAACAACACUGGAAAUCUGUUGAGAGAACACGUCACUUUACUCACAAUACUGGAUUGCAGAAAGAUGAACAUGAAGUCGCAUUCCUGGUGAACGGAAGAGGGCAUACAGGCCGAGAAAGAACAUCUGUUAGGCAGUGUUGCAUCAGCUGUCCUGUGCAAAGCUAAAAAAGAUUUUGAAUGAAUGAGAUGGUGCGCGCUUGAUUUUGUCCAAGCAUCGGCUUAAGGCCUAACAUGCUUGAAAAGUUGGAACUUAGAAUGAGACAGAAGAAAUGAGGGAGACAGGAUAGACAAAAACAGUCUAAUGGCAAAUUUGGAAGGAAACGUUGCUUAACACGGGACAGAGACCUCCCGCAAAAAAGGCAGGAAUCCUGAAGUUUACAGGGAUGGUGCAGGAUUUUUUCAUCACCUCGCACAAGAGAAGUUACUUGCAUGAGUUACUCUUUUUCGCUUACCAAGAAUGUGAUAUCAUCGAUUUUCUACCUUGAUUUAGUGGAAAAGUGUACACUGUGCUCAGUUAAUAGCUAUCAUGACCGUUUUCUUUGAAUGAAUAUCCCUCUUAGCCAUUAUGUUUAAAUAUUGUCAUUAAAUCUGACUAAAUACUCUCAAAGUGCAUUUUGAAGUAAAGAUCACGAUUAAAAGAACCACCUCUCCCCAAACAGCGUAGCUUGUUUCUUUUCAAGUGCUGUGUGAACUUCAGUUAAGCAAAAGAGCUAAUUUCUCCUAAAAUUUCCAACUUUCAGAAGUCAAAUCGUGGCUUCAGAUUCAUUAUAAGCAUGAUUAUUUCUCUUGUUCUUAUCCCUCUGAGUUUUUUCUUUCUCUCCCUUUUCUUUAUUAAAUCUUCUGUUCAUAGAGUUAAGGUUCUUAAUCAGAUUUGACUCAUUUUUUUGUUACUGAAGUGCCAAGUGAAGUUUCGUCACUUCCAGACUAGGCUCUAGAUCUUAAUGCAUUGAGUAUACUCAUUUCAAAUAAUUACUAAAUUUUAAUUUAUACUGUAACUAAGCUAUGCAGGGUUGGAAAAUAGUUUCCGCAAGAAAAUACCCAUUUAAAUGGCAUUAUGCAAGGAGGAAGCCCCAGACACAUUUUGGCUCUUUCUUAGUUUUUUUUUUACUGUAUAGGAUGAUCUUCAAGUCCCGCACCAGGCAUCACCCCUGAAAUUUUUGAAACAAUUCAGAUAAAGACUUGAAAUUUUGUGAGAGCUUAUAGAUCAAAAGGAACGACUUUUGGGUCCCUUCAAGAUUAUAAGGGGCUCUUUCUGAAAAGGAACAAGACCCCUAGGGGUUACAAGGGUGGUGCGGGACUUUUGAAUCACCCUGAAUGCUUCACAAUAGACCACUAGACGAGGUAUGAAUUUAAUCAUUUUGCUACAUGUUUCUUAACCAGAAUUUCAGAACAGUAGAACUAUAAGGAGUUAAUUUCGGUAAUUUUUGUUAAGCGCAGCAUGUUCUGAGUGAAAUUAUGGCUAAGAAACAUGUAUCAGAAUGCUGAAAUUCGUGCCUUGUCUAGUGGCCCAUUAUUCCCUAAGAGUCACGUAAAUUUGGUGGUUACAUCCUAUGUUUGAAUGUAAAAUUCAACUUGUAGAUUAGAACUAAUAUAUUCAAAGAAUUGUCUUGCAUUGUUCAGAAGACCUUAAUUUUCAGUUGCCUUAUUUUUUUUGAUCAAUGUUUGUUUCAUAUAGUAAAAAUGUUUCUCAUUUUUA